AUGGCCUCCGAUGGUGCCUCCUCAAUUUCAGUCACUGUCCGAGUUAGACCGUUCACAAUCAGAGAAGCCGCUCAACUGACAAAGUGCGACGACACAACGAUCUUUCUGGGUGAUGGCUCGCUGGCUGCUGCCCCAACUCCAAAGCUCUCUCAAAAGGGCAUUCGCUCCGUCAUCAAAGUCGUCGAUGAGAAGUGUUUGAUAUUCGAUCCUCCGGAAGACAACCCUGUCCAGAAGUUCUCACGUUCAGUCGUCCCCUCCGGUAAAAGAGUCAAAGACCAGACAUUUGGUUUCGAUCGCAUUUUCGACGAAAAUGCGUCCCAGGGUGAAGUGUACGAAGCCACUACAAGGCCACUGCUGGAUAGUGUCUUGGAUGGAUAUAAUGCAACCGUCUUCGCUUAUGGCGCAACGGGUUGUGGAAAGACUCACACAAUCACCGGCACAGCCCAAGAGCCAGGCAUCAUUUUCUCAGCUAUGAAGGAGCUAUUUGAGAGGCUUCAAGAGCAGUCUAGCGAAAAGGUCACAGAGAUAUCCUUGUCCUAUCUUGAGAUCUACAACGAAACUAUCCGUGAUCUGCUCGUCCCGAGCAACGUCAAAGGCGGGUUGAUGCUGAGAGAGGAUUCCAACCAGACAGUCUCAGUUGCGGGUCUCUCAAGCCAUCACCCGCAAAGUGUUGAAGAGGUCAUGGAGAUGAUAAUGAGAGGGAAUGAAAUGCGGACAAUGUCACCCACGGAAGCCAACGCAACUUCUUCCCGAUCACACGCCGUCUUGCAGAUCAACGUGGCUCAGAAGGACCGGAACGCCGGCGUUGAGGAGCCCCAUACAAUGGCAACUUUGAGCAUAAUCGAUCUGGCCGGUAGCGAACGUGCAAGCGCUACCAAGAAUCGAGGCGAACGUCUGCUCGAAGGUGCUAACAUCAACAAAUCUCUCCUGGCACUGGGAAGUUGUAUCAAUGCCCUUUGUGAUCCACGCAAACGCAACCACGUACCUUACAGAAAUUCGAAACUCACUCGUCUGCUCAAAUUUUCUCUCGGCGGCAAUUGCAAGACUGUCAUGAUCGUUUGUGUCAGCCCUUCAAGUGCACAUUUUGACGAAACGCAAAACACUCUCCGAUACGCCAACCGAGCGAAGAAUAUUCAGACAAAGGUCACUCGAAACGUGUAUAAUGUCAACCGUCACGUCAAAGAUUACCUGGUGAAGAUCGACGAACAGAUGGCACAGAUCAACGAAUUGAAAGCUCAACUGAAAGACGCAGAGACGUUUGCUUUCACCAAAUUCAAGAAGCAAAAUGAGAAGAAAGAAAUCAUUGCUCGAGAAGGAGUACAGAGAAUCAGAGCGGCAUACGAGAACUCUGGGGCAGAAAGACAAGAAAGAACGAACAACAUGAUCAAGUUGAAACAAAUAGGCCGACGGAUUGCCAUGCUGUCUUCUUGGAUUUCCGCCUUCGAUGCUGUUUACGACAACCUGGACGAAGAAGAUCUCAUGAAAAAUAUGCAGGCUGUGAAGAAGACGGCUCAAGGCAUCAUGAUGGAGUUGGAGAGCGGUCGACAUCACUGCCAACAGAAAGUUCUGAAGAAUAGCUGGGACCGUCCCAUGAACACGGCCUUGGAGCAUAGCUUGAAACAGUUGAAGGAAGUGGAUACAGGCGACAUGAUUGAUGCUGAGAUGCUUCGACGCGAAGUGGAACUGCUGAAGUUAAAUGCUGAGCGGGAAGCUUUCGCAGCUUUGGCGGAGCAAGACAAAAAUGGAGACGCACCCACUAUCCAAGUUCUGCUGCGAGCUCACUUUGAGACCAUCUCUGCCAUUGAAAACUUGAACCGCAUGAGCGUCGAUGAGGCAGUUGAAGCCGCCACUCAGAUUCUGGGAAGGAUGAUCAAUUCUGCAGCGGGCGCAGCAUCUUAUGUCGUCAAACCAGAUGGAAGCCUUGCUCCUGUCGAGGCAUUUGCCCCCACCAAGGCGGGCACUCCCAAACGACGCAAACAGAAUGUCAACAACUCCAUCGUGGAAGGAAGUCCCGUGAGGGCUAAGCCCGCUGCGAUUAUGGCUUCUCACCUCACAUUAUCCCCAGCUAAACCAUCGCCUAGACGUCGUGGUCUGCUAGGGAGUGCAAAGAAAGGUGUCCAGUUAUCCUUCACUCCGAAGAAAAGAAAAGUUCCUGGCAAGGGCGUUAAACGAGCUGUAAGAUGGAAAGACGACAUCGAGGAUGGCGCUCUUGCGGAGUUUGAGAAGACGCCCCAGAAAUUCACUUCGUCGGACGAAUCAACCACUGAAAUCAGCCUCCCUCAAGUGUCAGAUCUGACCUCGUCCUUCUCGAAACUGCAGACACAAUCUCCUGAUUCUUCCCCCAUCCCUCCUCCCCCAGACGCUACACUAAACGUCCAACCAAAGAGCAGCCGCUUCCAAGCCGGGUUUCUUUCUAAGAGAUAUGAUGGUUCACCGCUCUCCUCAAGCAUGAUGCCUCCAAAGAUGACGCCGCUGUCGUCCUCAGACAACGAGGCAUCGCCCUUGAGAGAAAUCGACCCAAGCAGAGCAUCGAACCGCCGCUCUCUCAUUCCCACGCAACACAAUAAAGCCACUGCAGACUCGUUCACAGACAUUGGCGGUAUUUCCUCGGCCACAAACUCUGACACGGAAAACCACAAUAGUACUGCCUCUGACAAAGAAGACGUGCUCAAAAUCCGUGAGGCAGUCAAACGCUCCUCUUCCCUUCGCCGUUCAGGAAUUCAUGCUUCCCGGACUCAGCGGCGCCGAUCUCCUACGGCAGCAACGGCGGGGGUUGUGGGUUCUCCGCCCAACGAGUCGAUGUUCGCUGCCGGCCAUGUUAGGAGGAUGGUCCAUGGCACGAAGAACGACUUUUUGAAAGAGAACGACGCAGGGUCUUGGAAGGUUGGCGUGCUUAGUCCACGCGUUCAAGGAAUCGUUAGUCAUGGGAAGAGUUUGGGGACACAGUUGAAUCCUAUGCGACGGACGACAAUGAGUGGGAUGGACGUGCGAGGCACCCCCAACAGCGCUGGCGGUGGUGCCGAGCGAGCAGGAGGAGUGAGGCUCUCUUCUGUUACGCAUGGCCCAAUCGGGCACGGACAUUCCGCUAGUAGGGGAAGUCUGAUGCCUACCGGGAAAGCGGUAUGGCGUUAA